AUACAAUCGGGGAAAGAGAAGGCGCUGAUUUUGAAGUUUGAAACGGAGGUCAGGAAGAUGCGGGAGUGGCACUAUUACAGCACGGAGUGACAAGGACACUUGAUGUCUUGGUGAUCCUGUCGCACUGUGGUCGAAUAUUAUUUGAUAGCUGCUGAAAACCUGGUCGUGGCAUUCUGACCUGAAAAUACACCGAAAACAGACAUGGCGUCUGCGCUGAACCUGCAAAACCAGUUUCAGAGUCUGCGUGCACAUGUAGAAGUCCUGAAUAAAGGAAUUGAACCACAGUUCCUCCAGAUGGCUUUGAACUUUGAAGACUGUCGUCGGAAGUGGUUGCAGGUAGACGAGGAACUAGGGGCAUGCAAAGAGGUUCUGUCCAAAACAGAGACUGAGAGAGGAACCUUGGAGGUCAAACUAAAACAUGCCCGAAACCAAGUGGACGUAGAGAUUCGACGGCGUCAGAAGGCAGAAGCUGACUACGAAAAAUUGGAGCGCCAGAUCCAGUUGAUCCGAGAGCUGCUAAUCUCGGAGAGCACCAGCAGCAGUGUCCAUCUCAGCGAGGAGCAGCGCUCUGCUCUGGCCUUUCUCAGUGCCUACUCUCGGGCAGCCCAGGCAGCCAAGGCCAACCUAAACAACAGCCGAAGGUUAACCACUAUUGAUGAAUCCACAUCAAUACUGUCGGAUAUCAGCUAUGACAAAACGGAUGACUCCAUGGACUGGGACUCCUCUGUUAUGAGGACUGUGAGACUGCGGAAACGUCAGAGGCGGCGUUCUUUAAGAAACCAAACCAAUGGUCCUCCUCAGGUGGUAAAGAAGCCUCGAUCUACUGGGCACACAUCAGAAAAGGGGAAUAAGCCGCUAGUGGCCAAAAUACCUGGCAAUGGAGGCCCUGUUGAGGCUGUUUCCACCAUUGAGACGAUGCCCUACUGGACAAGAAAUCGGACAAAGACUGCUCAAGUCUGGGAUGGUUCUACCACUGACCAAUCAGAGUGUGUUAGUGAGGCUCCCAGCACACCAAUUAGUGAUCCUCCAUCACUAAGAAGACCCAAAGUCAUCAGAGCAGGACCAAAACAUGAAUUCAUCUCCAAAACAGUUAUCAAGUCAGAAUUCUGCGUGCCAUGUGGUAGGAAGACCAAAUUUGGGAAGCUCUACCUAAAAUGCCAGGACUGCAGGAUGGUGACACAUCCAGAGUGUCGUGACAGAUGUCCCCUGCCGUGUAACCCCUCCACAGGUGGCACCCCUGUCAGGGCUGUAGAGGCCGCCCUGGCAGACUACGCUCCAUCCACCUUUCCCAUGGUCCCACCCCUAGUGAUUUGCUGUGUCAAAGAGAUUGAACAAAGAGGUCUGCAUGAGGUUGGCUUGUACCGUGUCUCAGGCUCUGAGCGCACUGUCAAGGAGCUUAAGAAGCUGUUCCUGCAAGGAAAGACUAUGCCACCGCUUGGCAAGGUUGAGGACAUUAACGCCAUCACAGGCCUCCUCAAGGACUUUCUAAGGAGCCUCCCGGAACCUCUACUCACCUUCUGCCUCAACCGUGCCUUCAUGGAGGCAGCAGAAAUACAAGAUGAUGGCAACAGUCUUUCGUUGAUGUACCAGACCAUCAGUGAGCUACCUCAACCCAACAGAGACACUCUGGCCUUCUUGAUGGUCCAUCUGCAGAGGGUAGCACAGUGUGUAGACACCAAGAUGAACAUCACCAACCUGGCAAGAGUGUUUGGGCCAACCUUGGUAGGCCAUGCUGUCCCAGACCCAGAUCCCAUGACCAUCCUGCAGGACACCAACAGGCAGCCAAGGGUGAUUGAGCGUUUGCUAAGCAUACCAGCAAAAUAUUGGAACCAGUUCGCAUUUGACCAAGCCCACGCAAUUGUCAUGGACAAUGCAAAUUACCAAAACACUCGAGAACAGAAAGUUAGUAUGAUGGGACCAGUGAGCACUCCAGAGCACCAGAUGACAAAAACGUCAUCGUCCAGCUCCUUGUCCCAGCGCAUGAGGCAGACCUUGUCUAGCACCACCAUAUUUGGAAGCAAGAGCAAACCGGCUUCAGUCUCAAGUCACCAAGUGAACUUUUUUGCCUCUCCUUUACCCAAAUAGGUUCAGAAGUAUCAAGUCUUAAAGCAAUCGUGUGGAUACUACUGCAAUUUAAAUAUUAUACUUUUAUACUACCAUAUUUGUAUUACAAAUGUCAUGAUGUACUAAACACUACUGAUCUUUUUAUUUCCUAGACACUUAUCAAGCUUUUGGUCAAAUGUUUUAUGAUAUAUUUUUACAACUUAUAACUACUAAGGUGGUGUGAGUAAAUGUAUAUAACAUUUAAUCUGAUAGAAAAUUUGUUUUGCCUCCUGUCUUUGUCUUGUUUGCGUUGGUCUGAAUUUACUCUCACAGGGUUUUACGCUAGGAGAUUUGGCCUACUUUAAAUCAAGCAAUCACACUCCAGAUGGUUUGACAUUAGCUCAAUUAUCUGUCACACAUUGAUUGGGCAUACAUUUAGCACAAAAAAGCAUCCUAUCAACAUGGCUAAUGUGCAGCCUAAUACCUCGGAAAACAUGUAACCUUGUUUCUCAACAUUGCAAAACUGUACUUAUGAACGUGAAAAAUAGACAGGCUUAUUGUACAAGACCAUUGUACAAGUUUCUUACAUCCCAUACCUCUACUGAUCAUGCUAUUGUAGCUAGCCACUUUCAAAAUUAAUUGUUGGUAGUUGUAUUCCUACACUGACAAUAUACAGUAUAGCACCUGUGUUUAAAAUGUUGUACUACAAUCCUAUAUAGAAUGUCCCAUUACAUAGAACAUCUGAUACAGUUCACAAAAAAUGCCAGGAUGACCUAUUGCAUCCUGUAAACAGAAAUUAGGUUGUGCCCUUUUAUGUUGAUGCAGAACAUAGAUGACAGAUGGAUGUAGCAGUAGUGUUCUUCGAACCUGUGGUUGUAAUCAGUAAGAAAUGUGCUGCCGCGUCUGAAAUGUAGAAAAUUAAAUUGAGGAAAAUAUAUGGGGGCAAAAUACAAUUUUGUUGUAGAUUCAAUCAAAUUUGAAACUUUGAAAACUAAGUUGAUACUGGAAGAAGCCAGAUUGUAAAAACAUUCUGUAAUUAUGUCAUGUAAAUAAAUCAACUGAGAACCAAUAAUUUAUCCUAAAUGUACAAGUUGGACAACUAUGCAUGUA